UGGAGUCUUCACUCUUUGCAUUCAGUAUGAGCAUACACAGCUGAAGUGUUAAGAUGAACAACGAUUUUGAUCCUUUAAAGGAACAAAAAUUGGGAUUUAUUACAAGAAAUAACUUGAAGUUGAAUCGUUACCUCCAAAGAAAGGGAUGGGUGAAAGACACUCGAUAUAGAUCUUACCCUCUCAUAUUUGGCAUGGUUGCAUUUUCCGCUGGAUAUGUUUAUAUGAUGUAUUUCAAUUUUAGAGUUAUGUCUGAUGCAAGACAAGGGAAAAAAAGAACAUUCAAGUUUCCAUGGAACUAAUUUUGUAAUGGAGAGAAAAUGGUGUAAAAAAAUAAAACAGUUAAUAAAAGAUGGUAGACCAGCCAAGUUAAAAUCUUACAUCAAGAAGCAUGAUAUCGAUGUCCAACACUUUCAGUUUACCAAUGGAGGAACAAUUCUACAUUACUGCUGUAAAUACCAUGAAUUUAAUGGAUUUAGAUACUUUACUGAGAAGGGAAUUUGCUUGUCCACUAAAGACGACGAUGGGAAUACUGCCCUGCAUAUUGCUUUAAAGGAAGCCUUAAAGAGAAGACAAAGGUCUGAAGUCAGUGAAAUUUACAAUCAGAUUAUUCUGCCAAUACUUGAGCGACAUCCAGAAUCCCUGAAAUGGAGGAACCAUCACGAUAUCACCUGUAGAGAUCUCCUGGAUCAGCUCAGAGAGAAACAAGAUGAACAGUGUAGAGAAAGUCCUGAGGAGAGCUGGAAUGAUAAACUUGCUGAUGAAGUAGAGCAUGAAUACCAGGAGGACUGGGGCAGCAGGUUUACAGGGGAUUUAUCUGAAGAGGAGAAUUUCCAAGAGAGCUACAGUGAUUGGUCAGAGAGAAUGCAUUGUGAAUUUCAUAAAAAGCGUAAAUAUAGUACUUCAUUACCAAGCUCCAGUAAAAAACCAAAGAGUCAGGAGCAGGACUUCAACUCUAAACUCAGACAGGAAAGAGAAAAAAUGAGGAAAAAGUAUGAAGAAAAUCAGAAAAAGGCUCAACAAAAUUACAAAAGACAUCAAAAGGAUGUGUAUGAAAGGAAAUGGCAAGAAUUAUCUGAAAAAAUUGUGGAAAAGCAACUUCAUUUUUCAGAUAUUCCAUGGCCAUUCAAAAAAAGUGUUAGUGAAUUAGAAGACUUCCUCUUCCAUGAUUUAACUGAAAGUGAGGCUCGAAAAAAAUAUCUAAGGGACCAAGUGAAAAGAUGGCACCCUGACAAAUUUUUGCAAAAGUUUGGAAAUCACAUUUUAUCUACAGACAAGGAAUGUGUCUUGCAAAGGGUUAAACAGGUGUCACAGGAAUUGAAUCAUCUGUUUGAGAAAUUUAAAUGAAUUAGAGAAGGGAUGUGUUGGAUACUGAUAUCAGAACUUGAUCGACAUAUGCACCAGAAUGUUCCUUAUACUUUCUCUUUUAUUAAAUAAUGUGAUGGUUAAAAAUAUUAUGUGUUUUUAUACAAUGAAAUAUUGAAAUGCAGAGUAUUUUUACUAGUUUGUUGUGAAUUAUUUUACAAAAGCUUUGUCUUGGCCCUUGCCUACAGAUUUACUAGUUUAUAUUGACAGCAUUUAGGCCUACAUUAAAAACUGUUUCAUGUCCUAAAAAGGCAUAUACUGUACGUGUACAUAAAUUGGCGUAUUCAAGAUUUAGCACAAUCACUGUGUAUGGAGUUGUUGGCGAAAUCAUGAAUUAGCGCUAUACAUGUUUGUGUCCUAUAUUGUAUUUAUAAAUGAUUUCUAAGCAGUAUUCAUGAAUUAGUGCAUCGUUGUCUGUGCCAAAGACGCUAAAAUAUGAAGCCCGCUUUUUUAAGUACACAUACAGUAUUUCACAAAAUGUACAAUUUCUUUGGCAUGACUUUUUUAGUGGUUUGAUCCGUGUAUCCUGUUUUCAUAUCAUGUUUUUGCACAAGUUAUUAUCUCGUACACAGGACAUAAUAUCUUUUUCACACUACAAG